CCCACGUCGUCUGUGCCAGGUUUUUUCCACGACGCGCGUGCAGUUUUGAAUUUUGCGUCGCUACUCUCUGAGACAAAUGAUUUAAAAACAAUUGACUUAACUGAGGAUAUACAAAGAAGAAAGACCUGCUGUUUCUGAUAAAAAAAAUACUUUUAAAUCCACGUGUAAGUUUGUAAUCUCGUGCUAAAGUCGUGUUAGAAAAUAAAUCAGGAAAAUGGCGGCCCAGAAACCAAGCACCGGGUCCAGGGGAAUCUCUCAGAAUUUCCUGCGACAGUUCCGAGACAAGAAAACCCGGAAAUUCAAGGAAAUUAGCGCCUCUAAUUUCAUGGACGUUUGGAACCAUUACGACUCGGAUGGUAACGGCUACAUUGAAGGCUCCGAGCUGGAUCAGUUCCUGUACGAGCUGGUGACAAGUGUCAACACACAGGAUGUCGGACCUGAGGUCGUCUCGCAGGCGGCACUCAAAGAGGCCAAGGCGUCGAUACUCAGUGCCUUUGACGAGAACAAGGAUGGCAAGAUCGACAUUGCUGAGCUCGCCCAGCUGUUGCCGAUGGAGGAAAAUUUUCUGCUGCUGUUUCGUCGAGAACAUCCGCUGGAGUCCAGUGUGGAGUUCAUGAAGACAUGGCGGAAGUACGACGCUGACCACAGUGGUUAUAUCGAAGCUGAUGAGUUAAAGCAUUUCUUGAAAGAUCUCCUGAAAUCGUUCGAGCGUAGCGUCACGGAAGAGCAACUGAUAACAUACGCUGACACUAUGCUUCAGCUAUUUGACAGAAACAAGGAUGGUAAACUACAGCUGAGCGAGAUGGCCAAACUCCUGCCAGUGAAAGAAAAUUUCCUAAUGAGGCCAAUUUUCAAGAAAUGCUUAACAUCAGCAGAGGGCGCCAAACAGUUGACCCCAGAAGACAUCAGUCGUGUCUUUAAUCUCUAUGACAGGGAUGGCAACAAAAGCAUCGAGGACGAAGAACUGCAUGGUUUUCUCAAAGACCUGAUGGAGCUGGUUCAAGAGGACUACGACGCAGACGACAUUGAAGAGUUCAAGGACAUCCUGCUGAGAGAGUGUGACCUCAACCACGACGGUCGCAUCGACAAGGACGAACUCUCCAUGGUGCUUGUCUCCUUCGCCAAGGCAUCCCAGGGUCCGGGGGACGAGCCCGAGGGUGGGGAAUCGGGAGAAGGGGCGGGGCCCAACAACGGUGGAGCAUCAAAAGAGUAGACGACCUAUCAUCAACAACCGGAGCUGUUAUUCUCGACGUUGUCGUUAUCGUAACGAUGAGUUGGCUUUGUGGCUUCGCUUUGGUUGGUGAUGUGGACAAGUGUACCGUGUGAAGAUUUCAUAACCGCGGUGUAUCGUUAAGAUAACCGCAUUUAAACUUUUUCAUUUUUACACUUGUAAGAUUUAUACAAAAUCUCAUGUCAAAAAUUGCAUUAUUUCUAAUUAUUUUCAAUUUUCAAUUAGGUUUUUUUAAAGAAACGAAUUAUAAAUGAUACAUUUUAUCUCCAUCUGUGGCAAUUUUUUUUCCAAAUGUAAUAUUUGUGUAAGCACUGCAUGUGUAAGUGUGAUGUACAAAAUGAAUGUAAAAGAAAUUUGAUGUCCAAUUGCUUCUCUUUCACUGCAGAUGUGUAACUCCGCGACAUGACCAUCUUUUUUCCCUACCACCUCUGUCAAGUAAUGCAUCAUGACCAUCUUUUUUUCUUUUUUUUCCCUACCAUCUCUGUCAAGGAAUGUAACAUAACCAUCUUUUUUUUUUCUUUUCUACUAUUUCUAUCAAGUAAUGAAACAUUUUUUUUUUAAAUUUCUCUACCAUCUCUGUCAAGUAAUGUGACAUGAUCAUCAUUUUUUAAUUUCUCUACCAUCUGUCAAGUAACGUAUUGUGUACAACUUUUCUUUCUCCCAUCUUGUCGGCCCCUCCCCAUCCUGUGACGUAUGAGUAUACGAGUUUGUACCACGUGAUCGCGAGAUCUAGGCGCCAUUUUGAUGUGCAAUAUUAGUAGUUCGUAAGGACAUUUGCUGGUAGUGUUUCUUUUGAUAUCCCUUCACCGGUAGUUCGUAAGGACAUUUGCUGUUAGUGUUUCUUUUGAUAUCCCUUCACCGGUAGUUCGUAAGGACAUUUGCUGGUAGUGUUUCUUUUGAUAUCCCUUCACCGGGUAAUAAGUAACUUUUUAAAAAUAAUCACAGCAGACGAUAAUGUAGUACUUUUUGAUUUAGCAAUCCCACAUAAAGCAGACUUACAAAUCUUCACUAUUGAGUUCAUCCACUCCUAAAAGCGUGGUACGCUCAGCUAUUUUUAGAAGACAUUUUUUUUCGAAGUCAAUUGGGCAGAUCAGCGGAAUUCCAAAAACUUUUUAAAAGGAAUUCGAUAGAAAUACGUAAAUGAUUGGCAUUAUGAAGAUACAACAGUAAGAACAAUCCCGGUAAAUUUUACGUAACUAUUUUUAUUUUUGUUCUGCUUUGAAGGUUGGUGUGAUUGUUAUUCACUCUGGCCACACAAACAAUACUCGAUAUUGCUUUAUAAAAAUCUUUCUACUAUUUUUAUAAUGGCUGUGUUAUUUGUUUGUUUGUUUGUUUGUUUGUUGUCUUAUGUUUCCUUUCAGGAUGUAACCAAAGAGAUUUAGUUUCAUUUGUCAUUCGCAUGUUAACUCGCCGUUUCUGUUAUAUGCUUAAAAUAGUUGUAUUGAUCUUAAAUAGUACGAUUCUCAAUAAGUGUUAGUUUAAACCCAACUCCAAAUUAAAAGAAUUAGAAAAUUUUUUGGCAGGAUUAGAAUAAAAUAAUUAAUUAAAGACCUAAUAACCACAGAUGUAGCCUUCAUGUCAAAAAAAUAAUCCGCAGUGAAAUGUUGUUGUCCUGAAUCCUCAGGUCGCGUCUAUUAGUCGUUGUUAUGGUAUAUAGCCGUCAAUGUUAUAGCAGUUAUAGUUAGUCAGUGUUGUAGUUAGUCAGUCGUAUCUAGUCAGUCCAGCAACUAGUGCCUGUCACAACUAGUCACUGGAACAGCUAGUCACUGUUUUAGCUAGUCACGCCCACAAUUAGUCGUCGUUAGUCACUGCUAGAGCUAGCCUUCUUUACAGUUCGAUAUCACUACAUUUAUCCAUAUCACUACAUUUAUCCAUAUCACUACAUUUAUCCAUAUCACUACAUUGAUCCGUAUCACUACAUUUAUCCAUAUCACUACAUUUAUCCAUAUCACUACAUUUAUCCAUAUCACUACAUUUAUCCAUAUCACUACAUUUAUCCAUAUCACUACAUUUAUCCAUAUCACUACAUUGAUCCGUAUCACUACAUUUAUCCAUAUCACUACAUUUAUCCAUAUCACUACAUUUAUCCAUAUCACUACAUUUAUCCACGGCUACAAUUAGUCAGGGCUACAGCUAGUGCUACAAUCCGUCACACUGUUUGAUUAGCUGUAAAUUACAACCUACCGACUACCGCAACAUUUACCCUUUACCACCAACACCUACCGACCACCACAACAUUUACCCUUUACCACCAACACCUACCGACAACCACGAGAUUUACCCUUUAACACCAACACCAUGUAACACCACAGCAUUUACCCUUUACCACCACCACCUACCGACCACCACAAGAUUUACCCUUUAACACCAACACCAUUUAACACCACAACAUUUACCCUUUACCACCAACACCAUGUAACACCACAGCAUUUACCCUUUACCACCACCACCUACCGACCACCACAAGAUUUACCCUUUAACACCAACACCAUUUAACACCACAACAUUUACCCUUUACCACCAACACCUACCGACCACCACAAGAUUUACCCUUUAACAUCACCACCAUGUGACACCACACUUACCCACUACCACAAAACCUCAUUGCACGCUGUCCUUUUAUUAAUUUUAAGAAACUGUAGUUACAAUGUAGACCUUUAUUUCCUCCCAAUUUUUCAACAUAGUCUAACAUGCAUACUCAUUUUGACUUUCUAGUUUCUACUUUAAAUAUAAAAUGAUUACUUGUUUGUGAUCUUUUUUUUUUAUUACGGUGACAGAUUUCUGAAUGGAUUGGAGACAUAUUACAUUUUGAUAUCAUAUACCUGAGUACAAUUGAUAACUUGUACAACCCCGUGAAGAUAUACUUAAAUUUUGGCUUUACAGCCUAUCAUUACUUUCAGAUCUAAGUCAACCACCACCCUCCAUAUCCGGCUAAAUCACACACUUCCUCAGUAAUCUAUUCGACAACUGAACUAACUCAUUCGUCUAAGGCUAGUUAUCUGUUUGUCGUUUGUCGCGUAUUGUUGCAACCGUUUAUUGACCUAAAAUCACGCACGCUCCGUCAUCAAAACUCCGCUGGGUACACGCACUUGAGUUUCCUGUAACUAACAUUUUUACAUGUAGCACACUUUUUUUAUAUGUAACAUUCUAUUUUACAUGUGAAACUCAUUUUACCUGGAAAUUUAUAUUUGUUCUCGUGUUUUUUAAGCUUUUGCUGCUAUUUUUUAAAGUUCACCACAAGACCACGGGUGUUUUCAUAUUUCUUUUCAUUUUCAUCAUUAUAUAACAGCUUCAUUUAAUUUAACAUAUAAAUAGAUUCUUUUUUUCACAUGAAAAUAACGCUUUAAAGCAUUUUUUUCUCUAAACUCUAAUUGAUCUAUAUGCAACAGGCAUAUUAAAAUUAUACAUAUAACUACUUGGUUUUGUUUUUUAAUGCUUAUUUAAUAUAAUUGUUAAAUUGUGUUAAUUCGUCUAUUCGAUUAUAAUUCAAAGUAACCUUCUUAAGCCUACUCUACAUGUAUUGUGUAUAUAAAUUGUAUGCAUUGAAUUCUCUGCGCUGAGCAUCUUUCUAACCGCGCUCUAUUCGUUGUUGUUUCCAUUUAUUUUCUCUAUUUCUUCAACCGUCUGUCGGUUGAUCGGAUAUUAUUGUAUCUUUCUUCUUUUUUAUCGUCUAUUUCAUUUUAAGA